GGAGGGAACCAGACCAGCCCCUCCUCUGGGGCCUCUCAGAGCAGCCAGAGCAGCAGCACAUCCUCUUCCUGCUGUUCCUGUGGAUGUACGUGGUCACUGUAGCUGGGAACCUGCUCAUCAUCCUGGCCAUUGGUACCGACAUGCGUCUCCACAUGCCCAUGUAUUUCUUCCUUGCCAGCCUGUCCUGUGCAGACAUCCUUUUCAUCUCCACCACAGUGCCCAAGGCCCUGGUGAACAUCCAGACCCAGAGCAGGUCCAUUUCCUAUGCAGGAUGCCUGGCUCAGCUCUACUUCUUCUUGACUUUUGGGGACAUGGACAUCUUUCUCCUGGCCACAAUGGCCUAUGACCGGUAUGUGGCCAUCUGCCACCCUCUCCACUACACAAUGGUCAUCAGCCGCUGCUGCUGCAUCCUCCUGGUCACUGCCUGCUGGACCCUUACGAAUCUUGUUGCCAUGACCCACACCUUCCUCGUAUUCCGACUUUCCUUUUGCUCUAAAAAGGUCAUUCCUAACUUCUUCUGUGAUCUAGAACCCCUGAUGAAAGUGUCUUGCUCUGACACUCAGGUCAAUGAGCUUGUGCUCCUCUUCUUGGGGGGAGCAGUCGUUUUAAUCCCCUUUACGUUCAUCCUGGUCUCUUACGUUUGCAUUGUUUCAGCCAUCCUCAGGGUCCCCUCUGCCCAGGGAAGGCGCAAGGCUUCCUCUACCUGUGGGUCCCACCUUGCUGUGGUUGCCCUAUUCUUUGGGACAGUGAUCAGGGCUUAUUUGUGCCCCUCAUCCUCUUCCUCCAACUCCGUAGAAGAGGAUACAGCAGCUGCUGUCAUGUACACAGUGGUGACACCCCUGCUGAAUCCUUUCAUUUACAGCCUGCGGAACAAGGACAUGAAGGGUGCCCUGGGGAGACUUCUCAGGGGCAAAGUCUCCUUCUCAUGGGGCCAGUGCCUUCUGCAGAGAAACUGCGAGUGUCCUUGUUCCCUCCAAUGA